CUUUGUUUAGAUGGACUAGUUCCAUUCCAUCGUUAUAGUCAGGGUGCUUAUAAUCAUUUCUAUACCAUAAAUCCAAAUGAAAUUGGCACCAUUACUCCUGGCAGCACCGGUCUUGGCAAUUAUGUUUACGAUGGUGCUGUUGGUAACAUUUAUGAUACGCCUGGUCCCGAUCCAUCGCUCACGGUUCCUUUGUAUCGUUACGUCAAUAUUCACAAUAGCCGCCAUUUUUACACGACCAACUGGCAAGAAAUUGGAACAAAUACAGUUGGCGCUGCUGUUGGAGAUUGGAAACAUGAGGGAAUUGCUGGGUAUAUCUAUUCGACAAGCCAACCGAAUACACGACCAUUCUAUCGCUACUAUGAGCAAAGUAACGGCGCUCAUUUUUACACAUCCGAUCCUAACGAAAUCGGUACCACAACACCCGGAACAGCUGGUAAAUAUGGCUAUGUAUUGGAAGGUAUUGUUGGUUAUGUUGCUUAA